UGACGUAACAAGUUCCUUUAUCCUCAGGAUGUCGCAAGAAGCCAAGAUGAAGGAAGCCGCCAAGGCGAAGGUGCAGGCAUCAGCAGACCCCCUUGAGAAGCUGAGGAACCACUGCCUCUCCCAAGGUUACUCCGGCAUUUUAUCCCUCGGGAGGCUGUUCCGUCGCCUGGACAAGGACCGCUCAUGGACACUGUCCAAGGACGAGCUGAGCAAGGGCGUGGCUCAGUUCGGCCUCGACUUCUCUGAGGGCGACGUCACCAAGCUCUUUGCUGCUUUCGAGAAGGACGGCCAGUCGGGCAUCAACUACGAGGAGUUCCUGGAUGCCCUUAGGCCGACCAUGUCCGCCCCUCGCAAGGACGCUGUGGAGGCCGUCUUCAAGCACCUGGACAAGACUGGCGACGGCGUGGUGACCCUGGCGGACCUGAAGGGCGUGUACUCGGCGAAGAACCACCCGAAGGUCCUCAAGAAGGAGGCCACUGAGGAGGAACUGCUCACCAAGUUUCUCAACAUGUUCGAGAGUAACUCCUCCGUUGAUGGGAAGGUAACCAAGAAGGAGUUCACCGACUACUAUUCAGGGCUUAGCAAGGCUAUUGAUGACGAUGACUACUUCGUCUCAGUCGUCAAGAUGAGCUGGGGCCUGUAAACACACCGCGGGCAUGUGAAGUCAUCUACAGUGCCUUUAGUUAUGUCGGAAAGUGCAGGGGGGGGGGGGUAGAGAGAGAGAAACAUCUGUAAGACAUGUAAUGAUAUCCAUUGUAUCUUAAAUCAUGUCAGAGAGAGAGAGAGAGAGAGAGAGAGAGAGAGAGAGAGAGAGAGAGAGAGAGAGAGAGAGAGAGAGAGAGAUAGAGAUUUUAAAGUCCUGUAUUGACCUUCUCAAGGGAUACUAUCAUAUCAGAGAGAAAGAGAGAGAGAAAGAGCGAGAGAGAGAGAGAGAGAGAGAGAGAGAGAGAGAGAGAGAGAGAGAGAGAGAGAGAGAGAGAGAGAGAGAGAGAGAGAGAGAAAGAGAGAGGGAGAGAGGGAGAGAGGGAGAGAGAGAGUCCAAGUUCUUAAGACCUGUAAUUCCGUUAGAGAGAUAAAUUACCUCCCACCUCCUCUCUAACAGAACACCAUUCGCCACAAUCCACACAAUGUGGUAAUUCGAUUGUUUUCCCAUAUCUUUGUAAACAUCUCAAAAUCAACUGCAAUUUACAUUAAAAGGACUUCCAUAUCACAACCUACAAGUCCCUCCCCCCCCCCCCCCCCCCCUCCAUUCUGUGGCUGUUCGAACACACCCAUCUGCCGAAGUACUUGCCUUUGAGUGUGAGACUAGCUUUUUAAACUAUUCUUGUUUAUUGGUCUGAGGUGGUCUUAGUGCACGCGUCUGUGGGUCCGUUUAAUCAAAAUUGGAAUUCUUCUGGAAUAGCGCCUGGAAUGUUUUUUGUAUUUUUUGUUAUGUUAGUUGUUGGAAUUGUGUUCUGGCACUAAUGGUAAAUCAGUGGGUUCUUAUUGUAUUUAGAAUGAUGCUUGAAAUUCUGUAAUAGAAAUAAAGACGACCUCAGUAGAAUAUUCAAUAAAAAAUUGACCUUUCGAAAAAAA